AUGUCAACCUAUGUAUUUUCCCAAGUGCUACCAGAAGAACUUGAAGAUGUUAACCAAAUUGUAGGAGCAGGAACAUUUGGAGAAUGCCUUCUCAAACAAUAUUUGCGGUUAGGAAUACAUGUUGUUGAGAAAACAAUUACUUUAUGAUGAAGCAUAUUACAUGCAGUUAUUUUCACAUUGAUGUGUGCUUCAUCUGACAGGAACCCAGACCCAAAUAAAGCCAUAUUCUUUCAUCAUGGAAUUUCUUGGACAUGGAGUGGAAUCUAUGACAGUGCACAGGUUACUUUUCGAUGCUGUACUUAGUGAGCAGAAAUCCAGAAUGUUGCUUCCAAACUGGUUUAGAGUAUGCUAUGACAUAGCUGAUGCUUUGCAUUAUAUUCAUGAAAAGGAAUAUUUGCAUUGUGACUUGAAGUUAAAUAAUGUUUAGGUUUCCAACCAAAAGGGUUAUUUGAUUGAUUUUGAAAAAGUCUGUAAGGUCAGGAAUCCAAGAGCAAAGAAAUAUAAAACAGUAUAUCCCCAUAUUGCACCAGAAGUACUUAAUGGUGAUCCAGUCAGUAAGCCAUGCAGUGGUGUGUUUUCAUAUGGUAAAAUCCUUAAGACCAUUGGUGGGCAGCUUAGAAACAAGGAACUUCUAUCAAUGGGGGAUAAAGCUUCUGAAUCUUUACCAAAUAGGAGACCAAGCCUUAUAGGUAUAGGUCUCCAUCGAUGGCUAAAAAUUAUUAAAAAUUAUUCAGUCAUUGUGAAUCAUCACACUUUUAAUGUAAAUAUAAGUAGCUUAAUUUAA